CCGGUCAAUGGGAAACCGAAAGCAACCGUGCCGAAAACGAGAACAGCGCGGCCUCACACCUCGACCCCCUCCCUCGCGUGCGUUUGUGCGUAAGGUCUCCUCCCCGCCCGCUUUGCUUCACCCACGGCCUCCUUCCUCGCCCCCGGACGUCCAAACCCAGAACCGCGACGAGGAAACCGACGCAGCAGCGCAGACGCGAGACGCGAGACCCGUUCCCCGCCUCCGCAGGGGGAGCGCCCGGCCGCGGCAUUCCGGCCACGCCCAGGUAUUGUACUUUCAAAUUAUCUUUAGCGGCCUAUUCUUUUGCUUCAAUCUGUUGUGGUCUGUUGGUGAUGCAGUAGCCAAACGAUAAAGGAAUGUAGCAGAGGAGGAGAAGGAAUCCGGAUUUCUGGUGCCUACCUGUUCUGAAUGGAGGAUCUAACCAACAUAGGCUGCUGUAGUUGUUUUAGCUUUUUAAGGAACCCCAGUGUGUCCGUACGUCAACCUCGAAAUGCUAAUGGCAUGUUAUCCGAAGAUUUGCUGAAGCAUCAAUCAACUGAAGAUCCUGAUGGAACCUUCUACACUGGAGAUGAUCCUGAUGGAACCUUCUAUAAUGGAGAUGAUCCUGAUAGAAGCUUCUAUAAUGGAGAUGAUCCCGAUAGAAGCUUCUACGAUAGAGAUGAUACUGACUAUCUUGAUGGAUGUGAUGAUGGACCGCCAAGGAAGAGUUCUGAAGAUAUUAUACAGUCAAGAGCUCAAAAUGGCUUUGCAUGUAGAGAGAUCCCAGUUAAAGAGACUAAAAAAGUAUUUCGCUCAGAGGACGAAAAUAGCAAUAAGAUGAUUAAUCAGUAUGUCCACCUGGGAAAGAUUGGUUCUGGAAGCUAUGGCAAAGUGGUUCUAUACAGAAGCAUGAAAGAUGGGAAACUAUAUGCAGUGAAGGUUUUGAAUAAGCCUCACAUGUUGAAAGUCCGUGUUGUACGAUCAGAAACUGCAAUGACAGAUGUUCUUCGGGAGGUAUCCAUCAUGAAAAUGUUGAACCAUCCCAAUAUUGUAAAUCUCGUUGAGGUGAUUGAUGACCGAAACAUAGAUAAAUUCUACAUGGUUCUUGAGUAUGUUGAAGGAAAAAUGGUCUGUGAUAAUGGUUUAGAAGAAGGUACCGCCAGAAAUUAUUUGCGAGACAUAAUAUCUGGUCUUAUGUAUCUUCACUCUCAUAACAUUAUUCAUGGCGAUAUCAAACCAGACAACCUCUUGGUUACAAGUACCGGCAAUGUGAAGAUAGGAGAUUUCAGUGUUAGCCAGAUUUUUGAGGAUGAUGAUGAUAUGCUUUGGAGAUCUCCUGGUACUCCUGUUUUCACUGCGCCAGAGUGCUGUCAAGGCUCAGCCUACCAUGGUAGGGCAUCUGAUACAUGGGCAGUCGGUGUUACUUUAUAUUGUAUGAUUUCUGGGCACUAUCCAUUUCUUGGAGAUACCUUGCAGGGAACUUAUGAUAAGAUUGCCAAUGAUCCAGUGCAAAUACCUGGCGACAUGAACCCCCAACUUGCUGAUUUGCUCCAAAGGCUUCUCUGCAAAGAUCCAGGAGAUCGUAUCACCCUGCAGGCUGCGGCCGAGCAUCCUUGGGUUGCUGGGGACAAGGGGCCAGUCCCUGAAUACAUCUGUAGAUGUGGCUUUGGCCGCAAGAAGAGGAAUGAUUUUCGGGAAGAAGUACAAUAACAGAGCAUCGGAUAGUCAGUGUAGACAACUGAUGAAGUGUGGCAAAACAAAGCCAGUGAGAUGACUGACGAUGGGUUUCUCUGUUGUUUUCUGUUCCCCUUUUCCAAUCCAGCUGUUAGGUGCUGGACUGAACAUCUUUCUUUAAUUUUUGGUACAGAAUAGAGUGCAGCGCUAUGCGAGUAAAACCAUAACCUGUUCUCAAGUUUUUCCCCUUUAGGAUAGACAUUGUUACAAGCCAAGAUGCCUUAGAUCGUAGUCGACCGUUCAAAGGAAAACAAUUUAGUAUAAAAGAUAUCUUUCCGAAAGCUUUGCCCGUAAUUUUAUUUCAUGAGUGAAU